UAGGAUCCGAUCCCCGGAAGGCGGUCGCCCCGGGAUUUAGUCUCCGCAUAUCCGCAUUGCCGCCCGUCACUCUUUCUUCCCCGCAACACCGCGCAUCUGCCCACCGUGUCGAGCAUGCUCUUCGCACUUCAGAUAGAUGGAUCGGUCCAAGAGGUUCAAGUGCCAGCAAUGCAGUAAAUCGUACACGAAACUCGAGCACCUCACAAGACAUGAACGAACCCACUCUAACACUAGGCCAUUCCGAUGCGAUGACUGCGGCAGGAGCUUUGGGCGCGCGGACGUCCUUGGCCGACACAAACGGCUCCAUGAGCGUUCCCAGACAACAGCUGUCUCGGACACCCCCCAGCCAGCAGAAGCUGUGACAGAGAGCCAUCUGCCGAGUCCCAGUCAACCCGCGCAGGGUCUCCUAGGCCCGACUCCUUUCGAGCAGUCCUCACUGCCCGAGAACCAGGAGCUGCUGGACACGGACAAUCUGAUGGACUGGUUUAUGCCGGACUUCUGGGCUCCAUCGGCUUUCCCACUGCUCCUGACAGAGCUGCCAAACCCGCCGCAGCUGCAGGUAUCGAAUGGACCAAACAUUCUUUCGAGCGAGGACAACGGGGCGUCCCAGCAAGAGCCUGGCAAAAUAGCAAGGCAGCAGAGCUAUAGGCUGAUUGAGGAUCUUUCCAAACGUCUGAACUCCGAGCUGCAUGAUUCGGGAAUCACGUCGACCUUCCUCAAUGCGUGUUUGCAGGAAUUCUUCGAGCGGCUGUCGCCCUGCUUUCCGGUUAUUCAUGAGCCAUCCUUUUCCUCGCGCGAGACAAUUCCUCCCCUCUUGUUGAACAUGGUCGCACUGGGGUCGUUGUUCGUGUGCCUGCCGGACUCGAUUUCAAAGGGAGAGAUGCUUUGGCGACUGGGCCAUACAGCUGUGGCGACUUCCUGGCAGACGCUGAUCAGCCUCCGAGGGCCUCGAGAUGCAUGUGAUGGGGUGCAGCUGGUUCUGACGGCGCUUUUAGGCCAGCUCUUCGCGCUGCUCUCAAGUAACGAAAGCAUCCGGACCACGGCGUUCGUGUGGCGCGGUCUUGGCUUUUACUGGGCCCGGACGUCCGGUAUGUACGCUGUUGAAGAUAUGAAGGCAGAUCAGAUUCCUGGACGGGAAGCUCCUGAUUCCACCAAGCACCUGGCGUGGCUGAAGUGGGCGACGGCCGAAGCCCAACGACGAGCGAUACUGAGCCACUACAUCCUUGACGGCCUAAUAUCGCAGGCGUCGGGGUCUCCGGCCAGCGCACGCCACCUCAUCAACUCCAUCAAAACGGCCUACUCGGAUGCUGCGUUUCUCGCCAAAACCGCCGAUGACUGGAUCGUGGAGAUGGAAAAGUCGACCGCAGCUCAGAUACCCAUCAGCGAGGUCUUCGUCUCCGUGUUCUCGCCCACAUAUGCAACCUCUCCUCUGUCGCUCUCGGGCUUCUCGACCUUCAUCAUCAUCGAGGGCCUGCAGUCUCUGAUAUCAGAUCUCCACGAAACCAGCGGACAGGUUUUUGGGGCGGUGUCAGAAACGCAGAUCAUCCGGGCCCUACUUAAUAUUUACGAGACGGAUCUCUCUCGGCGACCAGCCGUCCACCAUGAUGGCUUCCAGCUCAUGCUUCGCUGGCACACCGUUUGUCUUGAACUCGCCGUUCCCUCCGCGUCUCUCUGCAGAAGGAUAUGCCACGCCUACGGUCUUCCAAAACAUCUUGGCGGAAUGGCCACCAAGGAGGACGGCCUGCCAUUUGACCUCAGCCGAUGGGCAAGCAGCGCCAAUGCCAUGCGAGCGGUUCUCCAUGCCCUGGCCAUCAAUCGAAUUGUCAACCAGAUCCCGUUCAGGCAGGCCCAUGCUCCACAUAUCCCGGCUGCUAUCUUUGCAUCGGCAGUUGUCAUGGGCGGAUGGUGUCUAGCGCGGGAGGACGAGCUGCAUGUCCGGGAAGAUAUCCCCUGGCAGGAGAUCUGGGCUACGCGUUCGUCUGACUCGGGUCCGAAUAUCGAGCAGUAUAUCCACGAGACAGCAACUGGCAUCAGGGCGCAUCUGCUCAACGAGAUGAACUUCCUCCAGAUCAGUCUCAAGACAAUCACAUCCCGCUGGAGCGUAUCUCAGCAGAUGGCGGAAACAAUCCAACAAUUCGCCAACCUGGCUCGUCAAUAUCAUUAACCGCAACAUACAUUCCACAUAUUUUUAGUGCAGCCUUAACAUUA